AUGGCACUCGCGACAGCGGACCAAUGGGCUGUUCCGCACGAUAUAAACCCCUCUCUCAUCCCCGGCGAUGUUAACAAUACGAACCUCUGGAAGCUGGUCCGCGGGCGAGAUUAUGGCAUAGGUGUUAUUAUCGGCGCUAUACUGCAGCUACUGGUCAAUACGUUCAUGAUCACGCUGGCGCUCAUCGCUAAGUUUGCGGAACGUGGGGACCAGACCGUAUAG